AUGCCUGACCAUCCUUUGGUAGUUGCUUUGGACUUCGGAACCACUAACUCCGGUUACGCUUUCUCCACUAAGCAUGACUACAGCAUUUCUCCCUUGAGCAUGUCUGCAGUAUCCUGGGGAGCCGGUACCGCCAGACUUCAGUCUCAAAAAACCCCAACGUGUAUUUUAUUUGACAAGAACAAGACGUUUGAUUCUUUUGGUUACAAAGCAGAAGACAAAUACUCCGAUUUAUCACUGGACGAGGAACAUGACGACUGGUACUUCUUUCGGAGGUUCAAAAUGGAGCUUUACAAUAGAGGAAACAUUGAUGGUGGGUUCGAACUGAAAACUCAAGAUGGAAAGAAAUCGAUGAAGGCAAUUGAUGUAUUUGCUGCUAGCAUCAAAUACUUAAAAGAUCAUUGCCUCGAAACUGCCAAAAAGCAGGGCGUUAGCUUCUUGGACGAAGAGAUCCUGUGGAUCCUUACAGUUCCUGCCAUAUGGACAGAGCCUGGAAAGCAGUUCAUGAAAAAAGCAGCUGAAAAGGCAGGUCUUCCUUCCAAACACCUCCGACUUGUGCUGGAACCAGAAGCUGCCGCUAUAUUUUGUACCAACUUACCAAUCGACAGGAUGUCUGUGGAAGGGUCAGGAAGUAAGCUGACAGUUUUCCAAAAAGGAACCAAAUUCUUGGUCCUGGAUGCUGGAGGAGGUACAAUAGAUCUUACAGUUCUUGAGGUACAGAAAGACGGAGACCUUAGGGAAGUUCAUAGAGCAAACGGUGGUGACUGGGGAGGAACUGUCGUUGACAGAGAAUUCGAAGAACUUUUGAAAGAUAUCGUUGGUAAGGACCUCUUUCAAAAGUUUAAAGAAGAAAAUAUAUCAGACGUGAUGAACCUUUACAGAAACUUCGAAUUGAAAAAACGAAGUAUCAAACAGAAUGAAGAAGGACUCGUCACCUUCACCAUCCCACCGAUUCUACAGAGACUAUUCCAAAAAAAGAACAAAGGUGGCGAUACGAAUGCUUUGAUCGCGUCCAACAAAAAAUAUGCUGAUGUAAUCUGGCAGACUGACAAACUUCGGAUACCUAACACACUUGCUAAAUCGUUGUUUGCUAAAUCCAUCGAUGCUAUUAUCUCUCAUGUGAAAGACCUUUUCAGCAAACCGGAAGUUAAAGGAACAUCGAUCAUUCUGAUGGUCGGUGGCUACUCGGAGUGUAUUCUUCUGCAGGAUGCCGUCAAAUCAGCCAUCAAAGGUCCGAAGGUUAUUGUUCCAUUAGAUGCCGGUUUGUCAAUUUUGAAGGGUGCCGUGAUCAAUGGACAUGCACCUCGCAUCAUAACAACCCGGAUUUGCAGAUUCACAUACGGUGUCGCCUGUAACAGGAAGUUCAGAGAGGGUAAAGAUAAAGAAGAAUACAGGGUGCGAGGAGCAAGGGGAGAUAGCAGAUGUGUUAAUGGGUUCAAGAUCUAUGCUCAAAAAGGCACUCCCGUGGAACUUGGAUCGUCUGUUCAGAAGUUCACUUUCCAUGUCAGCAGUCCAACGGAGACUGGCAUAGAUCUCCCCGUCUACGCGUCUGACGACCUCAAUCCCGAUUACGUCACGAACGAAACGUGCCAAAGGAUAGGCAUGCUCCGAAUCGAAAUGCCGGAUACUUCUAGAGGAUUAUGCCGGGAGGCGGAGGUAAAAAUGAUUUUUGGAGGAACAGAGAUCGAGGUUGAAGCAGUAGAUCUGGAAACAAAAAAGGAAACGAAAGCAUCCUUUAGUUGUGUUGCCUAG